AUGCAGUUCAUCAACAUAUCCAGUCAACCUACCGCUGCCGUGGCAAACGUGCAGCGGGCUCACUCGCAUGCUGCUCGAGAAGCGCAUGCCAGGAAAAGGCGGCUCCGCACCGCGGAAUAUCUGUCACACAAUAGCAUACAACAAGCUCAGGAGAGUCAGGGUCGGGGUCAGGAACAGGCUGGUAGCAUUGUACGAGAUCCGGAACGGUACUAUCAGGCUCCAUGUACGGAAAAAAACGUCGAAGUAAAUACGAUUACUAUGGGUAGCCCUGUAAGCGUGCUGGGAUCUGAUCGUAGAGACCCCUUUGAUAGUUUUGCAAUGUCUCUCGAGCCAGUAGAACAAUUUUUAUUUGACCACUAUGUGACAGCUGUCAUUCCUGUUAUAAACACCUACUGCGCCAUGUUCCAAGGACCUGAAAUCCGAUUGCUUCUGAUUGAACAAUGGGCUCGGCUUGCUCUCACUGACGUGGGAUUCUGCAAUGGCCUUUUACUUGCCUCGUGCCGCCACCUGUCCCUAAAUAAUCACCCCCAGCAGCAGUUCUAUGCGCAACUAGCCAUCCGGUUCAAACUUGUCUGCCUCCAGAGCCUUAGUGCCACCAUUUCAGCUGGGCCCUCCUUCAUCAAUGACUCGAGUAUUGCCAACGUUAUAGAACUAGCCUCCGACGAGGCACAGUUCGGUGACAUGGUAGCAGCCAAAUUCCACGUAUUAGGGGCACUGAAAAUGGUGCAACUUCUCGGCGAACCUCAAACUCUCUAUCCGAACAGUUUUAUUAGGCUUAUUCUCCGUAAAUUUAUCUACCAAAAAGGGUUUUUAGGCACAGAUCAAGACCCACACGCUUACAUUCCUGUUUAA